AUGUCCAGUUUGGCCCAAUGUCAGCUUAUUGGCAUACCAACUUCACCAUACACGCAGUCUGAUGCCGUUUUUCCGCUCAGCCAAGUAAAGCAAAUCGUCGUCGACUCGGCCUACGCACAGCAACGAGACACUGCGGGCCAGACUUUAAUUCCACCCACACUACGCGAGUUUGCCAAUACCUUUGCAGACGAUUUAAAGGCAAUCAAUGUAAUCGUCAGCGUUGUUGAGGGUUCUAAAAACUCGGUCGGCGGCAUAUUCCUCACCCUUGGCAAUUCCACCAGCAGUCGAGAUGCGGCUGGUCGGCCAACUUCGGAGGGCUAUCAACUCACUACCGCCAGUUCGGGCAUCACCAUUGCCGGUGCGAGUCCCUUGGGAGCGUGGUGGGGUACAAGGACCAUCCUGCAGCAGGCUAUUCUCCAGAACCGCUCCAUUGCCACCGGUACUGCCGUCGACGCACCUGGCUGGGGCACUCGUGGCAUGAUGCUUGACGCUGGCAGACAUUUCUAUCCCAAGGACUUUAUCACAGACCUGUGUGCGUACAUGUCCUUUUUCAAGCAAAACACCCUUCAGCUACAUCUCAGCGACAACGUCAUCGUACCAAAGUACAACCAAGACACUUUCAGAGCCAUUUACGCUCGAUUCCGGCUAUGGUCUGACAGCGAAGUGGUCAAAGGAUUAAACAAUUACCUCAACGAGUCAUAUACGCGUCAAGACUUUGAAGAAAUACAGAACAAGUGCGCUUCCAGGGGCGUCACAAUUCUACCCGAGAUUGAGGCGCCGGGACAUAGCCUCGCGUUCGUCCAGUGGAAACCGCAAAUUGGGUUCAAUGGGGACUUUAGUCUGCUCAACAUUUCGCACCCAGACACAAUUCCUACUCUCAAGACUGUAUGGAAAGAAUUCCUAUUAUGGUUUCACUCCAAGGUUGUGUCUAUUGGCGCGGAUGAGUACCAUGGGCCCGUGACGGACUACAACAACUAUGUCAUUGCCAUGAAUGACUUCAUCGGCAAGGCGGGGAAAAGAAUCAAGAUCUGGGCCACAUUCCCUCCUGGAAAGAGCCAGACCAGUAAUCAAAUCCCAACCAACGUUUCCAUCCAGCAUUGGUCAUACUCUUUUGACAAUCCUCUGAAUGACUACAUCAAGAACAACUACUCCGUUACAAACUCGGACGAGAUGUAUUAUGUUGUGCUCAAGUGCUGCUACUACUACAGGUCCAUCAAUCUCAACACUGUAUUUGGUGGCGACCCUGCCACUGGUGGUGCAUGGUAUCCCAAUAUAUUCAGUAACAAAAAGGCCUCAGACAACGCCGCCCGUUCUGAGCGUCUCCUGGAAGGUGCGAUUGCUCCUUUAUGGAACGACCGUGGCGCGAAUACCAGUGUCUACUCGGAAGCCUACUACGCCUGGCGGGACGGUAUACCCGCAUUAGCUGACAAGCAAUGGGGUGGCAACCUGACCAGAGACCAGUUCCAAACCGUUUUCCCCAAACUCGUGGGCCAAGUCCCGGGCCAAAACCUCGAAAGAUCUGUGCGUUCUCAAGGGAGCUCUAUUUUCGAGUACAACUUUAUCGGUCAGGGGAAGACGAUCCAGGACAUGUCGCCCAACAAAUACGACGCGACUACUGAUUGCAAGCGGACAGCGACGACUGUUCUCAUCACGCCGCAGUGCUCACUGACCACGCCCCUGGAUUCUAAAGGAAGGGACUAUACCCUGUCAAUGACGAUUCAGGUCGACAAGCUCAAUGACCCGACAAACACGACUCUGAUUGCUGGUCGCGACUCUGUUCUCAUGCUCACACCAAAUCUCACCCUCUUUGCAGCUGGCAUCUAUUACCGCCUCAACAGCACGAUACCGCUGAAGAAGAGGGUCGGGCUCAAACUCAUCGGACGCGGAGCACAGACGUUUGCUACAAUUGGAGGCGGCCAAGAGCAGGAAUUUAUUACUGUGAUUGGUCGCAACGAGGAAGCGUUGAUCCCGGCACCCAUGGCAAUUGAGGCACCUCUCAAAGCCGUGACUGGGUGGACUGGGGAGGUUAUUGGGUUCAACCUUACGAAUAAAGCCUAG